AUGACGGCCCUCAGUGUGCGAGGACAGCUGCGUCGAACAUAACAGCCGCUCGAACACGCCCUCCACUCAUCAUACAAGCGCGGUGCAUUCAUCGUCAGCGACCUGGAUUCGCUCGGCUGCUCGGCUGCUCGGCUGUGGGCCUACGCGCACAACAGUUAACGCGGGCCACCCGAAGUUCGGUAGAACAGUGCGAGGAGGUGCGCGAGGAGCUCAAACAUUGCGGCUACGUUCCACCGCACCAUGGGCCCCUCGCUUACGAUCGCCAAUGAUAACGGGGACACGCCCACGAGCACCGACCGCCAGUGGAUAGCCCGUCCGGGCUCCAUUCUCCACCGGUUCCUCGAGGCUUACGCGAUCCACGGUGCCACCGCUCAUGCUCAUCGAUCAUUGCUGCUGGCAAACCAAGUCGGCACCUCAAUAACCGGCUGUGGGACUUGCACAGUGAACUGAACACGACACCAUGUUUGGUGAGUCAAAUAGCCACCAUCGUUCGGAUGUCGAACAUACCUCGCGCCACGGAAGCUCAGCAAACACUACUCGACCGUGAAAGAGACGAGGGAGCAGGUGCGCGCGAUGCGCGCGGCCGGGAUCCCGCUCGAGGUGAUGUGGAACGACAUCCACGUCUACCACGCCUUCCGCGACCUCACCUCGGACCCGGUCUCGUUCCCGGGCGACGAGAUGCACGCGUUCGUCGAGGGCUUGCACGUGGACCGUCGGAGGUAUAUCCCGAUUGACGACGCCGCCGUGGCGCACGUCGUGAACGGUCUGUACACGAGCGGGGCGGAGCGGGACGUGUUCGUCAAGGACCCGGACGGGAGCGAGUACGUGGGGCAAGUGUGGCCCAGCUAUAUGGUGUUCCCGGACUGGUUCGGCGAGCGCGCGGGAAGCUGGUGCGGUUUCUCGUCCUCUCCCCCCCUCUCUCUGUAGUCCGCCAGGCUGAAAAAAUCGGUUUGAAGCGGCAGGGCAUUGACAUCUCGAACACGAGCACGCUGUUCCUCCUCCCCGGCGUGACCGGGAAUCCGGUCUCGACCUACCCCGAAUGCUACGACGUCGACCGGUUCGGACCGAGCGGGAACAUCAGCGACGAUGGUGUCCUCACCUGCAACGCCACCUCGUCCACCUCCUCCGCCCUCAUCGCGCGCCGAGCUCAGCCCCGAUCAGCGACGAUGGUGUCCUCACCUGCAACGCCACCUCGUCCACCUCCUCCGCCCUCAUCGCGCGCCGAGCUCAGCCCCGAUCUGGCGGCAGCGGAGAAGAAGACGAGGAGGAAGAGGGCCCUGGGAACGGGCGGCCAGACGACGUCGAGCUCAACACGCCGCUGUAUGCGAUCCACAACGGGAACGGCCGAUCCACGUGCUGGCUACGAACAGAUGCGCGCGUUCGUCGAGGGCUUGCACGCGGUCCAUCAGAGGUAUAUCCCGAUUGACGACGCCGCCGUGGCGCAUGUCGUGGACGACACGGACGUGUACGAUCUGGGGCGGAGCGGAACGGGUUCGUCAAGGACCCGGGCGGGAGCGAGUACGUGAGGCAGGUGUGGCCCGGCGAUGCGGUGUUCCCAGACUGGAUCAGCGAGCGCGGCUGGCUGGUCGUGAUCCACGGUGCCGCCGCUCGCUCAUCGAGCCUUGCUGCCGGCAUAUCGGGUUGGCACCUUAACACGGGCGGUGGAACUGUGCCGCUGGUCCGGCCCGUUCAGGAAGGUGCGUGGUUCCUCCUAUCAGACCGUCUUGUUCGUCCAGCCGCCAACCUCAACGCGACAACAACGACGUCGAAAUCGUCCUUCCCCAUCGAUUAGACGUGCAAACCUUUUAUUUGUGCUUGGUUCGUUGUAAGGACCCCUGGGGCACGUCCUCGGGUUGCCGUGCGCGCCUUGUGGGAACGUUGCAACCCGCCCUUGCGCGGCCAAUCAUUUAUCUAGUUGAUACAUACCGUGUACUCUGC